GUUGUUAAAACAUCCACCCCACAGUGUUUUGAUCAUAUGCAAGCCCUUCAUCGCCUGAGCUGAAUUAGAUCACUGCAAACAUGGCUUGUAUAAGAGUGGAGAAUGUGGCGCUAGUCGUUCUUCUUCUAUGUCUGGCGAAUUCACAAGCACUGCUGAAUGGCCAAUCACAGAAAACCUCGAGAUCAAAUGAUCUCGAUCCAAGAGAGCCAUGUGGAGGCCUUCCACGGUCAUCCCCCGACAUCUGCUGCGAGGGACGGCGACUGAAGCGCACGGGAGGUCUGUGGUACUCCUUUUGUUGCGGUAACACGACAUACGAUGGUCGCACGCAGUUAUGCUGUGACGGAAACGUGCGAGACAAGAUGAACGGGCGCUGGAAUUCCUAUUGCUGUGGCUCGCAAACUUUCGACCGACGUACGCAUCAAUGUUGCCAUGGCAAAGUGCUCAGGAAGAAAGGGCGACCGGGGAAUUCCUUUUGCUGCGGGGGCGUGACAUCAAAUUGUCUGUCAAAUUUACACCUGUUGCCGUGGGUACACGCUAAGGCUUCUCAGCGAAACGGGAGGGGUUCGGAACACGUUCUGUUGUGGCUCGCAGGCUUAUGACAGGCGAACUCACAUCUGCUGCAGAGGUAAUGUGCUGAGGAAGGUGGGCAGUGACAUGACCUCGUUCUGCUGUGGGGAAAAGACCUAUGACAGUAGAUCAGAGAUUUGUUGUGCA